UGUCUUUUUGUUGAGGUGAAUCUGAUUAACGAGCCCCUGGUGAUAUUUGUUUGUGCAACUACAGGCCAAGGAGACCCCCCUGACAACAUGAAGAGCUUCUGGAGGUUCCUGUUCCGGAAGAGCCUGCCGCCCACCGCCCUCUGCCAGGUGGACUUCGCCGUCGUGGGCCUCGGCGACUCCUCCUCUGCCAAGUUCAACUUUGUGGCCAAGAAGCUGCACCGGCGGCUGCUGCAGCUGGGGGGCGCCGCCCUGCUGCCUGUCUGCCUGGGCGAUGACCAGCACGAGCUGGGGCCCGAUGGCGCCAUCGACCCCUGGCUGCACUCGCUGUGGGAGAAGGUGCUGGGGCUGUACCCCGUACCCCCUGACCUCGGCAUGAUCCCCCCUGGAGUCCCCCAGGCAGACCCCCCGAGCCCCCCUUCAGAGCAGCGGCCCUUCCUGGCGCGCAUGGUCGCCAACCAGCGGGUCACCGGCCCCUCCCACUUCCAGGACGUGCGUCUCAUUGAGUUCGACGUCGCGGACUCAGGCAUCAGCUUUGUGGCGGGGGACUUCUACUGGGAGGCCGAGUGGACGGAGCUGGAGAAGAGGGGCUGCCUGACCCUGGUCACAGCCUUCUCCCGGGAGCAGGAGCAGAAGGUGUACGUGCAGUUCGGCUGCCGCUGGCGGGACCAGGACUUCUACUGGGAGGCCGAGUGGACGGAGCUGGAGAAGAGGGGCUGCCUGACCCUGGUCACAGCCUUCUCCCGGGAGCAGGAGCAGAAGGUGUACGUGCAGCACCGGCUCCGGGAGCAAGGGCCGCUGGUGUGGGAGCUGCUGGGCCGCCAGGGUGCCACCAUCCCGCCCCCACCAACCUGUCCCCUACCCCGCCUCCCCCAGGCUCACCCCGCGAGGUUGCAGGUGCUCGUGGCCGUGGUGCAGUAUCAGACGCGCCUCAAGGAGCCCCGGCGGGGCCUCUGCUCCUCUUGGCUGGCGUCUCUGGACCCUGGGCAAGGCCCUGUCCGGGUGCCCCUGUGGGUGAGGCCUGGGGGCCUGAGCUUCCCCCAAGUCCCAGACACGCCUGUGAUCAUGGUGGGGCCUGGCACCGGCGUGGCCCCCUUCCGAGCAGCCGUUCAGGAGCGAGUGGCCCAGGGCCAGACCGGUGAGUGGACAGGGUCCCGAUCGGCCUGUCUCCCCAGCAACGCCAAGGACAUGCCCGCAGACGUGUCGGAAGCCCUGGAGUCUGUCUUCCGGGAGGAGGGGGGGCUCUCGGGCCCUGAGGCCGCCGCCUACCUGGCCCAACUGCAGCGGACCCAGCGCUUUCAGACCGAGACGUGGGCCUGAGGGGCUGUCGGCCGGCCGGUCCCUCGGGUUGGCCCAGCCUGACCCCGGGUGGGCGACGGCCAGCUCCCCUGUGCGGCCGCACGCGUCGGGGCCUACACUCCGCGGCCGCGUCCCUGGCUCCGGCUGGCCUUUCCCACUGGCCCCCAGUUAGGUCCUGCUCAGGGGGUGACCCAGGAAGGCACCCCAGCCUGAUGGGCGUCAGGGAGCCCCCCCAGACGCCAGAUUCCAAACGGCACAGGAAUCUGGGGGUGCAGGGUCCCCGGGAGGGCUGAGUUCCCCCGCUCUGCCCUGGGUCGCACCCCAGCCCUCAGGUUCCCGGGCCUGUGGGACGAGUCACCGUCCUUGCCUGGUUCCAGGAGGACUCAGCAAUAAACAUCAGGCCCAGGUGCUGCUUCUGACCUG